ACCUCCAUCGCAUUCAACAUGGCGGCCCCCAUAGUUAUUCUGGACAAUGGCGCUCACCACGUUAAGAUUGGAUUAGCAUCCGAUAAAGAACCAAGGCACAUUCCAAACUGCAUUACCAAGUCAAAGAGUGAGAGGAGAAAGCAGUUUAUAGGCAACCAGAUUGAAGAAUGCAGAGAUCUCUCGGCCCUUUAUUACAUGCUACCAUUUCAAAAGGGUUACCUUGUAAAUUGGGACGUGCAGAGACAGGUAUGGGACUACAUGUUUGGCAAAGAACUCCUCGGUCUGGAUUGCCCCGACACGACGGCCGUCGUCACAGAACCGUACUUCAACUUCUCAUCCAUUCAGGAGGCUAUGAAUGAAAUAUUCUUUGAGGAGUACCAAUUCAAGGCCUUGCUUAGAAUAAAUGCUGGGACUCUAAGUGCACACAAGAGAAAGUCUGAGAACACUGAACAUCGCUGUUGCCUCAUUGUAGACAGCGGUUACUCUUUCACCCACAUAGCACCGUACUAUAACAGCCAGAAAGUCGCUGAAGCAAUCUACAGAAUCAAUGUUGGAGGUAAGCUAUUAACGAAUCACUUGAAAGAGAUCAUCUCGUACCGUCAGCUUCAUGUCAUGGACGAGACGUACGUGAUGAACCAAGUGAAGGAAGACGUGUGCUACGUGUCGUCGCAAUUUUACCAGGACAUGGAAAUCGCAAAAUUGAAAGGAGCAGAGAAUACGGUUUGUCGGGAUUAUGUCCUUCCUGAUUUUCACUCCGUCAAAAGGGGCUUUGUCAAAGAGGAAGCGUUUGGAAAGCAGAAUCCCAAUGAGCAGAUUGUACGCAUGAACAAUGAGCGUUUCGCUGUACCUGAAAUACUCUUCCAUCCAUCAGACAUCAGUAUACAAGAAAAGGGGAUCAGCGAAUCAAUUGUCCAUUCCAUCAAUGCUACACCAAAAGAAAUGCAUCCUCAUCUUUACCGGAACAUUGUCUUGACUGGAGGAAACUGUUCCUUCCCUGGAUUCAAGGAGAGGGUUGAGAAGGAUGUUAGAUCUCUUGCACCUGUUGAGUAUGAUGUCCAGGUCAUGCUCCCAAAUAACCCUGUGACGUAUGCUUGGGAAGGUGGCAAGACAAUGACAGAGUCCAAAGAUUUCUCCAAACUGACCGUCACCAGGAAACAGUACGAUGAAGAAGGACAAAACAUAUGCUUUGACAAAUUUGAUGUAUGAUGCCAGUUUGCUUCCGUAGUAGCAAAAGGACUCAAAUGCCAACAUUUGUAAUACUUUUUCGUUGUGUCGGUGCAAAACACCCUUUUAAUUAAAAAGGGAAAACAAGUUCGCUCACCCCGCCGGUUCAGAAAUGCCCUCACACCAAGCCGUUAUGCGUAC